AUAAACCAGUCAUUCAAAGCCUGUGGCGCAUGCGUACCGGCGUCGCUCCUUCCGUUGAUGAUUGACAGUCCAGUGCCCCCCCCCAAACUUCGCUACGCUUCUGUCGAUUGGCUGACCGAGAUAUCAAUCAUCAAUGCCGCGCAUGCGCUUUGACGAAUUUGGAGCUGCUGCUGGUACCGGAGGUUUUGGGUGCGGGGAGGGCCGUGAAAUUGUCUGAUGUUUUUUCGAUGUGAUGAGCUUUUACGGUGGUGAUCAGUAGAAGAUGGUGUCAAGGACUCAAGAUGAUGAAUUCUAUCUAAUCGCAGGCGUUGAUUAAGCUGAAUACAUUGUGAUUUCCAAUAAUUGAGACAGUGAUUCUAAAAGCUGUCUACUUUAAUGAAAAGAACAAUGUAGUCAGCUUAACUGAAUCAUCUGUAAAAAUUUGCUUAGUACCAUAACUUUGAGAAAAUUUACUUGGACUGGCAUAUGUUUAAUUUCUUAGUUGGGUAUUUGACUAAGAUAUAAUUUGUUUAGGAUUCUUUCUAGCUUAGAAUUAAUAAGUUUGGAAAAAUGGAGACGUUUGGAAGUAUGCCACCUAUGCCCAAAGAGCCACUGAAUGUGGAGAAUCAGCCGUGUCCCCCACCUCUUCCUCCAAGCGCGCCGCCGCCUCCACCACCUCCCCUGCAAAUGUCCAGUGACGCAGAAGUUAUGGACGUUGGCUCUGGUGGUGAUGGACUUUCAGACACUCCCGCUGGGGACUCUAACACGUGCAGCCAAGACCGGCUUCUUACGAUGGAAUCCACUGCCUUUAACAGUCAGUUCACAACAGUAUCGGAAAGCUGUCCACAGAAUCCAAGGACAGCACGUCAUGCACCGGCUGUUCCUAAGUUUGCCCCUGAUAUUAAGUUACUCAAGGAUGUAAAAAUUCGAGUUGUCUUUACAGAUAGUAGUAAAAGCAAGGACAGACAGGUAGUUUAUACUGGUCUUGAAUCUGGUGAGAAAAGUACUGAAUUUAUCAAGAGCAUGAAUGGAGAUUUGCAUGGCACUCCUUUUGACAGUAAUAGAGUAGUGGGGCCAGGGGGUAUCUGUAGUAAAAAUACUAGUAAGCAAGAGAUUGAAGACAAUCAGGAGAAAAAAGUGGAAUUUGCAGUUCUGGAUGAACUAGAAGACUUUACAGAAAACUUCGAAACUGAUGAUGUUGAGGGAACAGGUUUCAAAUCUGAAAUGAUCAUUCAGCAGGAUCACAUCGAUGAAGAAGCUCUGAGUUACUCUUUUGAGGAUGAUUUUGAUAAUGAUGUUGAUGCACUACUGGAGGCAGUGCUACCUCCUCCCAGAAAGAGGAAACGGGUAGAAGAGGAGAAUACUGGUGAUAGUGACCACCAGACUGAUGAAGAAACAAGUGUGCAGCCAAUGAUGACCAAAAUUAAAACUGUGUUAAAAAAUCGUGGCCGUCCACCAAGUGAACCCCUUCCUGAUGGCUGGAUCAUGACAUUCCAUAAUUCUGGUAUUCCAGUUUACCUGCACAGGGAAACCAGAGUGGUUACCUGGUCACGACCUUAUUUCUUAGGAACCGGAAGCAUCAGGAAACAUGAUCCUCCACAGAGCAGCAUUCCCUGUCUACACUACAUGAAAAUGAGAGACCAAGAAGAAAAAGAGCAGAAUAAGCUGGCUAGUAAUGGAGAGAUAAUGAAAGUGACCACAAAUGGAGAAAUGUCCCCAGAUAAAUGUGAAAGCACACCUUUAGAAGUAAAUGAGAAACCAGACUGCACUGCGACUGAUCAAGACUUCCUUGCUAAUUCAGCACCUCACAAUAGCUCGGGUACAAUAUGCUCUAAAUCCUUAGAUGAAAGAGACUCCAUGGGUGGAAUCAUUGCAGCAGGAGCCCUUGGACAGGUGAAGGCUAAAGUAGAAGUAUGCAAAGAAGAAUCUAUUGCUCUUGAGGAAUUUAAAAAAUACUUGGAAAAACGCUUUGAUUUUGAGCAAGUCACUGUGAAGAAAUUCCGGACCUGGGCUGAACGGCGUCAGUUUAACCGCGAGAUGAAACGGAAGCAAGCAGAAGCUGAGCGGCCAAUUUUGCCAGCCAAUCAAAAACUCAUUACUCUCUCUGUUCAGGAUGCACCCACAAAAAAAGAGUUUGUCAUUAACCCAAAUGGAAAAUCAGAAGUCUGCAUACUGCACGAAUAUAUGCAAAGAGUCCUGAAAGUUCGCCCUGUUUACAAUUUUUUUGAAUGUGAAAAUCCAAGUGACCCUUUUGGAGCCUCAGUCGUUAUUGAUGGCGUAACCUAUGGUACAGGAACUGCCAGCAGCAAAAAACUUGCGAAGAAUAAAGCUGGUAUUUUAUUGUUUAUUAAUAAUGAACUUUUCUUAAUUUUUCACAGAAGAUCAUCAGAAUAGAUUGCAUGAAAAGUGACCAUUCAAUUUCAUCUCUGCAGACUACAGGUUCUUGCCACAGCAACAUCUGUGAUGGUGUAAAUCACCCUUCCUGGCACCUGUUCCAGCUAGAAGUUAGCUUCUGUGUAAAAUAUUUAUGAAC